ACAAAUAAACCAAUAAAAGAAGCAAAGAGAACAAAAGAGACGCCGUACAGGUGCAAGUAUAAUCAUGAGAAGGGGAAAAUACUUCAGUUUACAUUCACUGUGACAUUCGGGCUGUCUGUGAAGACAAAUUGAGCAUCAGGCUAAUUUGAGAAACCCUUCAGUCAGUCGGUUUACCUCACUCGUUGCGUCACGUGGUGCGCCUCUGACUGGGUGGUGGGCGUGUCUUAAACAGUGGGGUUUCAUUCAUAAAUACUUUUAGCUUUAAAAUCCACAUUAAAGUGUUCACAGAAGAGUUUCCUGGUAUCGACUUCGCCCCUCCACCCCUGCAUGGACCAGGCUAGUUGAGUAGCCAUGCAGCACUGCCGUCCUGUUGCUCCGAGGCCAGUGGGCCAGCCCUGAGGGGGAGCACCGCUGCUCAGGCUCAGUCGGCUGGGGGCUGAGGUGGCUGAGGAUGCAGCAAGGGAGCUGAGGAGGAGACUCCUGAGCCCCAGCCUGACACACACGCAUAUACAGACACACACACCCAGAGCUGCUGCUGCGCACUGCCCUCCAUCAGGGUAAGACACUGGGCUGGUAGAAAGCAGGAUGUGGUACAGUACUGCAAAGGAAAGCAUUCUGGUCACAGUCUGAUGUGUGUUUCCCAUAACAGUUUUCAUGCUUGGACGGUAGAGGCAGGUAGUUAGACAGGCUGGCAGCAAAGAGCUCGGCAAUAGCUCACAGGUUGUGGUGCUGAAGUUGAGUGCUGCAGUGAUUGGCAGGCAAGCAAGGAGUGCUGAGUGCUGCUGGCAUGUUACUCCUGCCCUGCUGGGUGAGUAGAUCUAUCCAGGGUGUGUUUGUGUGUGUGAGAGAGAGUGUGUGUGUGUCUGUGAGUGUGUGGGCGUUUGGUGCAGCAGUAGCAAUAUUAAUGGCUAUGAUCAGUAAGAGCAAACGCAUAGCAGCAGCGGUAGAAGAACUCAGCUGCUGGAGCCAGUGUUUAGCGUGAGCUUGUGUUUCUCUUUCCUCUGCGUGUGUGUGUGUGUGUGUGGGAGGUAGAUAGAGUCUUCAGGCUGAUAUGGAAUUAUGGGUGAUGAUUUACGGCCAAGAUGCUAGCAUUUGCAUCUUCCAUGGGAUUGGACGCACGCACACAAGCACAAGCUGUACACACAUAGGGGGACUCUCUAGUUGAUUUGGACCAUGAGCAAUGAGUCUAACGUCUGGAACAUCUUACCAAAAAACUCCACAGAGAUCCCAUUUGAGGCUGAGGAGCAGCAAGAUGGAUAUAUGCUCCUCCUGGUGAUCCUCUCCAUCUUCCUGGUAGGAACUCUGAUCUUCGCCUUCGUCUUCCUCAUCACCUGCCGUCGCUGUUGUCGAGGAGGGAAAUUCUGCUCCAGGGCCAGCGAUGACCCUGAGAAAACCAACACCACCUACAUGGAGGAGUCUCAGCCCACCCAUGAAAUCACCAUCAGGGUGGAUGAGUCAGAGUGCCUGUCAAUGGCCAGCUCUCACGACCAAGAGACCGAGCGCUUUCUCUCCACGGGCACAACAGGCCGUCGCGUCUCCUUCAAUGAGGCUGCGCUCUUCGAUCAUGGCAAGAAAACCCAGGAGAAGGGCCGCAGGUACACUCUGACCGAGGGCGACUUUCACCACCUGAAGAAUGCCCGGCUCACACACCUCCACAUCCCUCCCCCGGCCCUCAAGAUAGUCACUAUCCACGAGUGCGACUCGGCCGAGAACAGCAUCACCAUGACAACACGCCCGGUUGCUAAGUCAGCACUUUCCAUCUUCCAGCCCAUGCUGUGCCCCCUACCACAAACAGCACUGACCAGCCUGAGUGUCAAUCCCAGCUGUGCCCUCCCUGGAGAUGCUCUCAACUCUGUGGUGGACACCACCUUCAGUGAGAACACUAUUUCCCUCAGCACCAAAGAGCCAAGCUCUAUUGAGAUGAUGGGAGUGGGGCCCCGGGGCAGAGGCAGCAGUGUCAGUGUUGGAGAAGCGGCUGUGGUGGGGAGCGGUGCCCCUCCUGAUGGUGGCAUCGCAGGAAGCCAGGGGCCCGUGUUGCAGUUCUUAACUAAACUGCGGCGCCAUGCUAGUCUGGAGGGGGCCAGCCCUUACUUCAAGAUCAAGAAAUGGAAGCUGGACAGCAGCCAGAGAGCCUCCAGUCUGGAUACGAGAGGCUCUCCAAAGAGGAGACAGUUCCAGCGGCAGCGAGCCGCCAGCGAGAGCAUGGACCAGGACGAUAAUGACGCGCACCACAUAGACCUCAUCCAGUACAUCGCCCGCACCCAGGACGUCACAUAUCGUGCCAGCCAGCCCACUUCACGCCUCCUCUCACCUCCUUCCACUCCACCCCCCUCCCUCGGCAGGGUAGAGGUAGAGGUGAUGGUGGAGCCCAGCUGCAGCCGUGGUGGACCAGGGGUGAUUGGCCUAUCCCCUGAUCCCCAAGACGAAGCACUGUCCCUUGCAAGAAGGGAAGGUGCAGACCCUUUGGACCCCCUCAAUCCCCGGGAUCCCCAGUCACUUUACAAAGACAUCUGGACCCUACGUGCAACACUUGAACAGUAUGCGGCCUCUGACCAGAGCAGCAACAAUGACAGGAACUCUGUCUGCAGCGAUGCUGACAGUGUGUGUUCGCUGAGCGGUCGCACAGAAAUUGAAAGAGGAGGGCUACCCAGCUACCCGUCUCAAGAUUUAGGGGAUGAGGCGGAGGAUGACAAGGACAUUUUGAUGUAUAUGGAUGAGAGGUUGGGGUUGAAGGAGGGAAAAAAGAGGAAACAGGAAAGCACAGAAUCAGAGGGAAGGGGCAGCGAUGGAGAAACAGGGACUCGUAAAUUGCUGCAGAUGGACAGUGGCUAUGCGUCAAUAGAGGCUCCAUCUCGUGGUCCGGAAGACCUGCGACUGUUUGGGAGCUUCAGCAGCAGCCCUAAGGACAGAACAGCCCACGAGAAGCGACACCACUUUACCAGUGCAGGAAGAACUGGCACUAUUGGUGAGAGUUUUGAGUCUCAUCUCUUCGAGGAGGAGCCGGAGGAUGAGUUGUUGUUGGGUGCCAGCGGAGGAGUUUCCAUAGAAACAGGUGCUGGUUCACUGAGCUGGUUCCCGUAUGGUCAGAUGCUCACACCUCGAGAGGCUGCACAGCCUUCACCCCAACCGCCAACACUGCACCGGCGAGACUACAGCAUUGAUGAAAAGACGGAUGCCCUCUUCCAUGAGUUUCUCCGCCAUGACCCUCAAUUUGACCAGCAGGAGUCGCCACUAAGGAGGCACCGGUCACGAAUCCACCUCCGCAAACAGUGGCAGCGCCACAAGCAGUGGAGUGACCCUGGUGUCAGACACUUUCAGUCCUCUUUUGACAGACAGCGAACCCCUUUGCGGAGGGGUGACAGUGUGAACUACCCACUGGACACAAGUUACCACAGCACACUCCCCCGCAUCGUCAGUGCUCCUGACGAGGAGACCAGUGAUGGGACUGGCAGCACUGCGGAUACUUUGAAGGUAGAGCCUACAACUACCGAGAACGAGGGCAAAGACAGGGAGCAGGGUGUCACUAUCAGAGAUGCUGACGACAACACCUCCUCUCCUGCACAACCUCUUCAUCCCUCCAUCUCAGAGAAAGAUGGAGGACUGGGUGAGCACCAUGACCCUCAGGAGGACAGCAAACAAUCUGGACUCCCUCCCGAACCUUCGGACGAGCGCUCGCCCCCUCAGCUGCCCGACUCCUCAGGCUACGGCCCGCAGACCAUCACAGCAGAGCUCACAGACAAACUGACUGCUAACCUAGAUGAGAGGCUGUACAUGGGCCUUCGCAGGACCAAGGACACAGCCACCGAGUGCGUGACAGUGACGGCCACACACGCUUCUCCGGACCACAGCCCAGUGUAGCAGUGCUUUAGUCUCCUCCUUAUCAAUGUCACUCCUGCUGAUACACACUUUUCUUUCUGUUUGGUUUGUCUUGCCUCAUUUUAAAUGUCUCUCUGUAUACGGUUUGAAUGUUGUGAUCCACAAAUAUUAACACACAGUGAAUAUAUGCUUUAUAUUAAUUCAUCAUUUAACACUUCCUCCCCAAUCAUCGUCGAUGCGGUGGAUCCACUAGACAUGCAGCCUCCUCAUGCCUGUUAUCAUUACAAAGCUAUUUAGUGGUGCCAUUUUACAGUCUGUUAAUGAAGAAGGAAACAGCUGACAAUAAUAACAGAGCUAACAUAUCAAAAAUCAUGUGGUUUUAGUAAGAACUGUUUCCUCAUUAUUUAUUUCUGUGUCUGUUUCCGUCUGUCAUUCCUGUCUUGGCUCUGCAGUAUAAAUAAGUCAAGCUGAGGGCCAGUAUGGCCUCUGUACUUGUUGAUCCACUGUGAAACCAGGUGCUAUUACACAAACAGAAAGUUACAGAUAUGGACAGUCCCCUAUUAGACUCACAAUCACAAUAUAUUUGUUGAAAAUAAGUAAUUAUAUCACCAUUCAGGAGCUAAAAAGGAUUUAGAGUGCCGUAUUUGAUCUAUCGCAGUGGUUGUUUAGAACAGUAGUUCCCAACUGAUCGGGUCUCAGAUGAAUAAAGUAACAGGGAAGCAAAGUAUAUUGAUUUCUUUUAAACAAAAUUAUAUUUAUUUUUUCAGGAGUUUGUCCUGUUAAUGUCAUUUUCUCUCAACAUUGAGGCUAUGAUAGCCAAUUCUAGGAGUAGUUAGCGUUUUUCACAUCUUGAUGAAAUAUGUCAGUAUUUGAUAUGAGUUGCUGUUUCUAUAACGUUUCCAAUUUACAGUCACCUGUGCAGCUUGGUCAGUUUCAUCUGUGCUCGUUGCCAUGUUUGUGGACAUUUUCCAGGGAAGUAAUGAGGUAGUUAUGUGGAAGGACAAUCUUCUCAUUCUCUUGAUCCUGCCUACAAAACUCUGAUUGAUGAAAAAAAAAAAAGGUCACUGAGGGUCACAAGUAGAUAUUGCUUGAU